AACCAAUAACAGAAACUCUGCACUGUCAUUGGCUGUCGUGAAGCACGUGGUCAGGUCAUGACGUGUGACGUGUGACGUUGAGCGGAAGUAAAGAUGGCGCUAGACGGGUCGUCCACGUCUAUGAUGGCUCAUAAUAACUCAUACCACAGUCAUGUUUCUGAUUAUUACAGCAGAAAACUGAGCAACAAACCCGAUGUAGUGCCGUCUGGAGUCGCCGAGAGGAAAGUAUCGCCCUCAGAUAAACCUGACAUGGUGGCGCUGGACGUGAUUAGCAUCAAAGACUCGGAAGCUCCAGUGCACAGAAAGAAGCACGAGACUGACACGUAUGUGCUGGGUACGAUACACCCCUUCCGCAGAACUCACCGCUCCGUCCUGGGCAGGUUUGCGCAGGAGUUGAGUUUGGUGACGUCUGACAGACGGUCGUGGAGGAUUCUUCUGUUCGCCGUGUUCAAUCUCAUCUGCACAGCCUGUCUGCUGAUGUGGAGCAGCUCCACCAACAGCAUGGCCUUAACCGCAUACACAUACCUCACCAUCUUCGAUCUCUUCAGUCUGAUCACCUGUCUGCUGAGUUUCUGGGUCACCGUGAAGAAACCCAGUCAGGUGUACUGCUUUGGCUUCGAGCGUUUGGAAGUGCUGGCGGUGUUUGCCUCCACUGUGCUGGUUCAGCUGGGCGCGCUCUUCAUCCUGAAGGAAAGGUGCAGUCUGUGUGGACUCAUCCCGGCGCUCCGCAGCCUUCUCCUGCCCAGAAUGAACCCGUUUGUGCUGAUCAACCUCGCUGGAGCUUGUGCUCUGGGCAUCACGUACAUGCUCAUCGAAAUCAAUAACUAUAAUGCGAUGGACACCGCGUCUGCCGUGGCCAUCGCCCUCAUGACCUUUGGCACCAUGUACCCCAUGAGCGUGUACAGCGGGAAGGUGCUGCUGCAGACCACCCCCUCUCAUGUCAUUGGUCAGCUUGACAAACUGCUCCGAGAGGUGUCCACAUUGGAUGGAGUUCUUGAAGUCAGAAAUGAACACUUCUGGACUAUUGGCUUUGGCUCUCUGGCCGGCUCCGUUCACGUCCGCAUUCGCAGAGAUGCUGACGAGCAGAUGGUUUUGGCCCAUGUGACCAACCGGCUACACACACUAGUGUCCACUCUGACCGUUCAGAUCUUCAAAGACGACUGGGCCCGUCACUCGCUGACCUCCAGCACCCUGCCCACCGGCUCGCUCAGCCUCUCGGAGUACGUGGCUUCGGCCGCCUUCCCUCCAGCAGGGUCCAAACCGCUCGAGGAGUUGAACCCGGUCACGUCUACGCCUGCGAAGCCCAGCAGCCCUCCGCCAGAGUUCUCCUUCAACAUGCCGGGGAAGCACAUCCAGCCCGUGGUGUUUCAGCACAGGCCCUUCAACACGCCGCUCUCCUAUGGGAUGUCUCCCUACUCCAGCAUGCUGAACCAGGGCUUUGCGCACCCCAGCGGCGGCCCUGCGACGAGGCUGGGCUUCGGGGCUCAAGGAUACAGGACUCUGAAUGCAGCGCCGCACAGAUACGGCAGCGGUCUGCCCGCAUCACAAACUGGCCAACAGAGACCGUGAGCCGAUCACAGCAUCAUCUCGCCGCUAGCCCACCACUACCCUGAGUAUUUAUUUGAAUGGGACCAAGAGCAACAGCUUUAUUUUCAAUGGAUGUUUUAUCUGUAUUCUUUAUUUGUAUUAAACCACUAUCAGACA